AUGACACAACGGUCUAGACCGCACAGACCGCCAGCGCCAACCGUUGUCUUACCCCGUCUCCAUAGCACGCACUUACGGACGCAGAUCUAUGCGCUAGUCCUCCUCUCUCCACUCCACCGUCAUCUCUUGUGGAAGAAAGCAGCGAAAGAAGGAAACGAAGGAGAGCAAGACAUGCCACAUACUGACGAGGGCUUUACCGAUGACUGCGACGUUUUGCCACCCAGCCCAGAAGAGCUCCUCGCAAGAAUGACGUCGGAGAAGGAGUGUGAAGAACUCGCCUAUAAACUCCUCGUUUCCCUCCCCCGUUCCCGCCUCGCUACAAUCCAACGACGCUUGGCGCCGUUGCUGCAGUUUGACGUUGUCGGGUCCCUUCCAGCAGAAGUCUCGCUGCAAAUCUUCUCCCACCUCCCCGCCCCCUCGCUCCUCACGUGUGCUUUGGUUAGUCGACGAUGGCGCGCCUUGGCGGAUGACCAAGCGCUGUGGAAGCGGCUCUGUGCGACCGAAGGCUGGGCAUGGAAACAGCCCUCGCGGGUGCACGCGUUUGACACGCCACGCAAUAACAGCAAUGGUUGGGAAGACGAUGAGGGUAUGGGCGACUCGGACGAGGAAAGUGAAAACGAAGAAGAAGACCCGGUGGAGACUGCCAAGGCGGAAUGGACACUCAUGCAGACGGAACUCGAUUCGGGCUUUGCCUCAAUGGCCGUUUCGUCAUCUUCCUCAAAAUCUGUCCUGAGACAGAUUCCACGCCCGAAAUCGCGCACCCGCCACAAUUCCGCCCCAGCUGCACUGGCCGAGUCAACUGUUCUUCGCCCAGACUAUAAACGGCUCUUCCAGACACACACUCGGCUGACAAACCGCGUCAGAGCAGGCUCAUAUCGCUUGUCGGCAAUCCAAACGCGUGGGGGGCCGUCCAAUGCACACACAACGACUAUUUACUGCCUCCAACUCUACACAGACCCCGCAACGGGUGUCCAGGUGUUGUUUACCGGCUCGCGCGAUCGCACAGUGAGGGAAUGGAAUCUCACAACUGGAUUAGUGGAAAGAGUCAUUGAAGGGGUCCACGCUAGCUCUGUUCUGAGCAUUUGUGUCCACGAUGGUUACAUUGCCAGUGCGGGAAGCGACAGACGGGUCGCAGUCUGGAAUCUCACUACCAACUCGCUCGUCAAGGUCAUCGCAGACCAUGAAGACAGCGUUUUGUGUGUCCGAAUGGAUGGAAACAGACUCGUCUCAUGUUCUAAAGAUCGCACCGUUCGCACUUAUUCUUUUCCUGACUUGGAGCCCCAGCACGUGCUCGGCGCUCAUCGGGCCGCCGUCAACGCCGUCUCGCUCUCCGACACACUCAUCGUCUCUGGCUCAGGCGAUCGAUCUGUUCGGUUAUGGGAUGCUGCAACUGGCAAAUUGCUGCGGACUUUCGAGAACCACCAUACGAGGGGCAUCGCCUCAAUCGACUUUGUCGCGCCUUUUGUCGUGUCUGGCUCGUCAGACAAGCAUCUGCGGCUGUUUGACAUCAUGUCGUUCAGCGGGUGGUCAACCUCGCCCGAAUACGAAAUGAACCCCCACCACCAUCCGUCCUCUUUGGCCGCCACAACCACCACCAACCUGUGUCCGACUUGUGGGUCGUCGACUGUCGCGUGUGAUCGCCCCGCGCUGCAACAGCGCUGUGUCCAUGCCGACCUCGUUCGCAGCGUAGCGCUUGGGAAGGACUUUGUUGUGUCGGGCAGCUACGACCUGACCAUCAAAGUCUGGGACCGCCAGACUGGCGCGCUUGUCGCGGACCUCGCUGGCGGGCAUUCGGGGCGUAUUUUUUGUGUGGGCAUGGAUGCGACGAAGAUCGUCAGCUGUGGCGAGGACCAACGGAUAUGUGUUUGGGACUUCUCGCAUGGAGUUGACACCAGCUUUAUCCAACUGUAA